CGAAAUCAUUGAGAGUCCCCUCGGCAUCGAUCUCACCUACAUCCUGAUCUUGGUUUGGUGAAGUCGUGGGCCAUAGCUCCUGUUCCUAUUGGGUUUCCAUCAACGGCCGGAUCAACCAAUGGUCCGGCAAGGCAUCUCCCGAGUCACGAAUCGCUGCGUAAAAAUGAACGAGAGAACUCAGGUACCUACCGAUCCGCCUGUUCGACAGCGCUCCCUUACCGGAAGGUCUUCGCCAGCGCCUUCGAAAACAUGAUUCGCUUACGAGAACUUCAUCUUGACACUGGCGAGCGAAAUUCUCCGCCUGCUGAAAGCCCCGGUUCCAACCUAGGCGGCGAAGAGCCGGAUACGACUGGCCUUGUCGCAGCUGUCAACCGCGAAAUCGAAUCCGCCAAUGUGCCCGUCCCUGUUACCGUUGGCAUUACCCCGCCGCGCGCAACUGAUGACCACACUCCAGAGCCAACUCCUGGCUCCAACGGACCGACUGAUCAGGAAACCCCUCCUCAUCAACCCGAGGCUAAAUCAAACUUCAGCCGGUUUCUUGACAAAAUCGGGCUCACCUCGACCACACUCGGGUUUAUUUUCGCUGUCAUCCUUGGCGCAAUUUCCUGGUCCGGUCUGAAUUAUGCCAAUUACUACGCGAAAAAGAGCUACGACCUGGCUCUUUAUCAAGCAUGCAGAACCUAUGAGGAUCUUCAAAACAGUACGGCGUGCCAAACUUCUCUCUCUACGGGAAUUCGAGUCCGAUCUCUUCCCAACAUCGGCCCCGAAAUUGGUAGCGUAGCUGCUUAUCUCGGUCGGGCUUACAUGGACGCCUUGAUAGCCUACCUCCGGGCGUGCGAGGAUGGAGUGGCCUCAGUGUGCUUCAUGAGAUCUUCCGGUCCCGAAAGUUCGUAUUCGAACUUUAUAUCCUCGAUUCCCGAAAUCAGGUUCAGGCUGCUCUGGGCUCUACUAUUCCGAUUGUUAGCAACCAUUAUCUGUCGAACGGGGAUACUACAUCUCGAGCGGACGUCUACACCCAUACGCCCACAACCAUCCACGCGGUCGCUCUUGGAUACAUUCCUGGGGGCGAGCAUUAGCAUAUUCGACUGUAUAUUCGCUCUUGAGACCGGUGCACUCAGCGGGCAGAUAUCACGGAUGAGCGCUGUUUCGUGGGCCUCCUACUUCAUAACGACAGCUGCAUUACCGAUCCUAUCCGCGACUGAGGGCUUGAACCACCUGCGGACUCUCCUUCUGUCUACCAGCCUCGUGGUUUUAGCACCAUUAAGUGCGGAAAUCUCGGAUGUCGCGGCGAAUGCCGCUCUGGCAAUGACGUCUAUGGCGUGUUUCACCUUGUUGCCACGACACUUGAGGCAGCCUGGAAGUCUCCAUAAGGAGAUCCUGCAAGUGGAGUGGACCUUGCAGGACGGGAUUACCAUGCGGCGGAUAGGCACUCUACCGGAUGAUACCCUAGAACAAGGAGUUGUUGAUCAGAGGGACGACGGACCGCAGGAGGCCGAAUUUCCAGGGAAGAAAGCACUCCGCAGGAGAACAAAACAUAACAAGAUGACACUGAAGACGGGGGAUGUUGCUCCUGAGCGAGAAAAUACCUCUACUGUGGAGGAAAGAGUCGCUAAGGAUUCGAGCCCUUUUCUCUCGGUAAUCAGUGCCUGUGAUUCCAUUGUAUUAAACUCCGCCGGGCUUUGGCUAGCCUAUUCGUUGUCGGGCGACCUUGGAAGUAUCGCUGGGGAGGGGUUCUUUUGCUCCUAUUGCUUAUGGCGCUACACAAUGCUUGCAUGCACGAUUAAGCGCAUCCCCCAAAGUUUUCAGGAGAACGUCAUUCGAGGUGGUGGCACUAUUAUAGAGAAGAUCAGGGUGUGCGAGGAGGCACACAAGGAAGAUACUAUCUACUCGAUAUGGGGUCUUCUUAUUUCCACAGUUGGGAUUUGCGUUGCUAGUGCGAAGGGGUCCUGUAACUAAGAUGCAUACACGUUUGAAGUUGUUGGGAGGAGGUCGGUGUUUCCCAGACCCUGUAACAUAGCUGCCAGCCAAGGCACCCCAAACACCGGGCGCAUCCGUCCCCAGUUCCCAAGAUAUCCACAACUUCCAAUAAUAUCUCGUCGCUCAG